AGACCAGGUGAAGAUUCGACUAAAAAAACUUAUAGUUCUCUAUUUGUCUCUUGCUCAAAUCGAUUCUCUCGUAUGUUGUGGAUCUAUGUUUUUUAUUAUUAAUCUGGUUUUCUUCGAUCUGUCUUUGAUGUCCAUGUGAUUUUGCUGUUCGAAAUGCCACUGUCGGUAAGCUAUAUGUAGUGAUUAACCUACUGAUAUGAAAUCAAAGUAACUUUUAUAGGUAUUUGAUUGAAUUAGGUUUAGAAUAAAAUCUGUAUAUCAAUGCCCUCAUUUUGUAUUUUGAUCUGUUGUACUCUGUAAGAGAACAUUUCCUGAAAUGUCUGUCCCUUGCUUUGUGAUCAUUUUUAAAGCAUUUAUAAAUAUAUUAUUUAGUACCCCUUAUUUUGAAAAUCCAUGAUUUUUGAAAAUCAUGAAAUAUUUCAGUUUCCCCCUAAAAUAUAUAUGUAUAUAUACAUGUAGCGGCUUUAGAUGAUUUACUAACCCAUCUAUUACAGCUUUAAUUGUUUCAUUAAAAUUUGUAUUAAACUUGUCUAAUAAUGUUCAUGUUUUGGUGAAUGUGUAAAGCUAUUAUAUGUACCACCAUUUUGAUCUUUGGAGGAAAAUUAAAAGAAUUAUAGGGGUUGAAGGAUGGUUGGGGAAGUAAUGGAGGGUUGUGGACAGUUCCAGAAUAUAGCAUUAGCAAUGGCUGUGGUGAUGGUGGCAAUAAUAUCAAGGUAAAAGAGGAAGUAGUAUUUCAAGGUGGAGGAGGAGAGGAGUGGAAGUUAGGGAAAAGAGAAGCUAGUGUGUUGAGGUACAAGGAGAAGAGGCAGAACUGGCUUUUCUUCAAAGGUAUCCGUUAUGAAGUUCGAAAGAUCAACGCAUAGAAGCGUCCUCGUAUGAAGCCUGUAGGAAUAUACUUGUUCUCCUCAAAGAUGAUGUUAUAUCAGACUGUACAUCGUAGGACCAUAAACAUGAAGAAUCACAAGGCCCGUUUGACAAAGCCUGUUUGUUUGGCUAGUUGGAAAUUGACAUCACUGAGAGAAAAUCAGGUAAGGGAAUUUGCAAGGUUUGUGAAUAUAAGAGAUAAAAAUGGAGCAACCCAAUUGCACUUGGCAGCCCGACAAGGAUGGCCGGGGUGCGUUCAUAUGUUGUUAGACAGUGGGGCUCUUGUUUGUGCAUCUUCUAGAGGAUAUGGUUUCCCUGGGAUUAUAUCACUUCAUUUUGCAGUUCGUGGGGGUUCAUUGGAUUGUGUUCGGGAAUUACUUGCUUGGGGGGCUGAUAGACUUCAUAGAGAUUCAUCUAGACCAGAUCCACUGACAUACGGAGAAGGUGAUUUCAAGGUCUUUGAUGCUGAAAUUAGUUUUGAGUACUCAAUAUGGAAUUAA